GCUAUAUAGGUGUGGAUAGACGAGGAAGACAUGGAAGGGACCUUGGCAAGCUCCAUGGCAAAGGGGAUCAUCAAUGCUGCAAUUGUUCUUACCGCUUUAUCCGAUGACUACGUUCAAAGCGAUUACUGCAAGCAAGAAGCCAUCUUGGCCAACAAGAUGAAAAGGAAGAUCGUUCCUUUAAAGAUGGCGGACUACAAACCUGACGGCUGGCUAGACUUGUUGAUUGCUGGGUUGAAGUAUGUCGACUUUUCUUCCACACAGUCCUUUACUGGUCAACUCAAGAAGCUGGAGUCUGAAAUAGAGAAUAGGUUGGAAGAGGUAGCCGCGGAGGGCCCUCCAGUUGAAGAUGAAGCAAACUCAGACGAAACUCAAGACGAAAGGGAGACGUCCGGGAACUCGUCGGAGGCAGAGUCCAUGGAGGAUCACAACAGCGAUCCGAUGAUGACACUCAGAGAACCGAAGGGUAUCCGCAUCAAAGCCCCUCCAGAUGGUUGUAGCCACCACAUCAUGAUCAGCUACUGCUAUAAGCAGCAGAAGAAGGUCGCGAAGAUCAGAGCUCAUCUCAACAAAGUAGGCUACAAGGUGUGGUCAGACGAGAACAUGGAAGGGACCUUGCUAAGCACCAAGGCAAGAGGAAUAAAAAAUGCUGCCAUCGUUCUUAUCGCUUUAUCUGAUGACUACGUUCAAAACUAUGAUUGCAAGAAAGAAGCCAUCCUCGCAAAAGAGAAGAAAAGGAAGAUCAUUCCUAUGAAGAUGGCGGACUACAAACCUGACCCCUGGCUGGCCUUGUUGAUUGCUGGGUUAUCGUCUGUCGACUUUUCUUCCACACAGUCCUUUACUGGUCAACUGAAGAAGCUGAAGUCUAAAAUCGAGAAAGGGUUGGAAAAGCUGCGUGAAGUUGAGAAAAAAGAAAGUAUGUAAGGCUUUGCAAUAAGCCGUCUCGCAGCCCCGAGCACGCCUGUGCACUUAUGAUGUAUUAUGGUGUAGGUCAAAGUACACAGCAUCAUCACUGCUCGGCUUAUCUCUACGCCAUUCUGCAACUGCUGAUAAUCACAGAACCGCAGAAAAAGUAAAAAGUACAUUAUUUUGGCAACUUGACAUUGGAUUUGCAUUAGGUAGUAGUUGCAUUAUAAAUAUGUACAGCAAUAUGUUCUGGUAAGCCAGAGAAUGCUAUUGAGUACCCUGUUAUUAACAUUGCUGAAGUGAACCACAGUGUGUAAAAUGUUUGUUCUGGGCUAUGGCCUCUUUUGAUUUUACCAAUCCCUAUGUCUAGUUAAUGAUACUGGUACUAAUUUGCUCCAUCUCUCCAAUUAUGUAAUAGCAAUUGUAAAUGAUAUCACCAGGAUUUCGUCAAGUCAGUAAUAUGAAUGAAAGUUGUGAAUAAAUUGACAUGAGGGGUCAAAAUAUAUGACACAUCGUUGGUGUUCAAUAAUAAAACAUUGCAGGAUUGUCCACAAAUAUUCAUUGUAUAUUAUGAAUAUGUGAUA